AUGGAUUGUUUUAUUGUCUUCUUGUCAUUGAUGUUCGCCGUGUGGAGCUCUUCAGCCUCUCAACUACGAGGUGAUCUGCAAGCCAGCACAAUUCAUCAUUUUGUUCGAAGGGAACUUGAUCUUAAUGCAACUCCAACAUCAUCUAUGGAUGAAGGAUACCCGAGGGCUGUAGCUGCUUCCCAUCACUCGAACAAUGAAGAGGUACAAACUCGAUGGGACCAUGCUACGGUACAAAGAAAAGGGAAUGCUGGUGUCUCUUCUAAAGGUCCUAAGCUUUCAGAGGAAGAGAGGAAAAAGAAGAAAUAUGAGUGCAAUAGACUUUGUGUUCAAAGAUAUCGAUUCAAGUACUCUAAAGAAGGACAAGAAAUAGCUGCCAAAACUUUAGACCCGAUUGAAAAAGCUAGAUACGAUAAGAAAUUGGAAGAAAUUCAGAAAAAGAGGAAACAAUAUAAAGCGAAAUACUUUCAUGAUAUCAAAGUUGGACUUGAAAAAAACGAUCCAAAAGCUGUAGCACGAAACUUGAUGAACCGGAUCCAUAAUCGCCAAGCUUCGAGAAGAUGGAUGAGGAAGAAAAGGGCUCAGCAAGCCUUGCAUGAUUAAGAGCAGACAGAUGUAUCUCAGCCGUUUGUGCGACGUAUGGAUCCCCAAGAAUCAAACGUCACACAAGACAAGGCUAAACGUGUAAAGAAGGCUGAAAGGGUGAGUCAAAGAG